AUGGCGCUGAAGCGAAUCAACAAGGAACUGACAGAUCUGGGCCGUGACCCUCCGUCGUCAUGCUCUGCCGGUCCGGUUGGUGAAGAUCUGUUCCACUGGCAGGCGACGAUCAUGGGACCGGGUGAUUCACCGUACUCCGGUGGUGUCUUCUUCCUCGCAAUCCACUUCCCCACAGACUACCCAUUCAAGCCGCCCAAGGUCAACUUCACGACGCGCAUCUACCACCCCAACAUCAACUCCAACGGCAGCAUCUGCUUAGACAUCCUGAGAGACCAAUGGAGCCCGGCUUUGACCAUCUCCAAGGUGCUGCUGUCGAUCUGCUCGAUGUUGACCGACCCCAACCCUGACGACCCGCUCGUCCCCGAGAUCGCACAUGUGUACAAGACCGACCGUGCGAGAUACGAGGCUACAGCUAGAGAGUGGACUCGCAAAUACGCCAUCUAA